AUGGAGGAGGUUGCAAUGGUGGCACUCUCCGGAUGUAUAUGGUUGCAGGCUUUUGUUGUAGCAUUAGAGACCAAAUCCAGUAAAAUCAACAUCCUUCAGCAAGCAGAACGUUUAGGUGGACCAAUAUUGUCUCUUGGGAAUAUCGAGCCACAACAACGAUUGAUCGAGACAGAUGUAGCUCCAUUAUCAAUUACUCAGUCGAAGAACAGAAAUCCAGUUUACGAACCUCUCCUGUCCGAUUCUCCAAGCUCUAGGAGGUCUUUGGGAUCAGGAACUUCUUUUGAUUUUUUUCAAUCACAAUCCAGGUUGUCUUUGAUCUACUCAAGAAAGGACAAUUGA